AACAAAAAAUCAUAUCCACCACAGAAAGAAGAGCGUGGAGUGCAUAAAAAAACAAAGAAAAAGGUGAUUCAAGUUAAGUUUAAAGUUGAGCAAACAAGGCAAGGGUGAGAGAAGAAGUAAUCAAUCGGCAAAAAUGGCAACUCCAAGAAUCUCCGGCAUUAUCUCCCGCUCUCUUUCUCUUUCGGCUGCAAUCGUUUUGGUUGAAUCAAACAUCAACAAUUAUCUUGCAGGAAACAUAUCCAGUUUGAGAACCGCUGCUGCAGCACUUAAGAAUCCAAUUACGCCACCCGUUCGUAUUAACCACACUCAGCUUCUAAUCAAUGGAAAAUUUGUUGAUUCAGUAUCUGGAAAGACCUUUCCAACGUUGGAUCCUCGUACAGGCCAAGUCAUAGCCAAUGUUGCCGAAGGAGAUGCUGAAGAUAUCAAUCGUGCAGUUGCUGCUGCUCGCAAAGCGUUUGAUGAAGGCCCAUGGCCCAAAAUGACUGCUCAUGAGAGAUCGCGAGUGCUAUUAAGAUUUGCUGAUUUGGUAGAUAAACACAUUGAUGAGUUGGCAGCGCUUGAGACAUGGAACAAUGGCAAGCCUUAUGAACAUGCUGCCAAAAUUGAUGUACCAGGGGUUGCACGUUUAUUUCGAUAUUAUGCUGGUUGGGCGGAUAAGAUCCAUGGGCUAACGGUUCCUGCAGACGGGCCUUAUAAUGUGCAAACUUUGCAUGAGCCCAUUGGGGUUGCGGGUCAGAUUAUUCCAUGGAACUUUCCUCUUGCUAUGCUUGCUUGGAAAAUCGCGCCCGCCAUUGUUACUGGCAAUACUGUUGUUUUGAAACCAGCUGAGCAAACUCCAUUAACCGCUCUUUAUGCUGCAAAAUUGCUCCAUGAGGCUGGUCUUCCUCCUGGUGUUCUUAAUAUAGUUCCGGGCUAUGGCCCGACUGCUGGUGCAGCUCUUGCUAGCCAUAUGGACGUCGAUAAGAUAGCUUUUACAGGAUCAACAGAUACCGGUAAAAUUGUGCAAGAAUUGGCUGCAAAAAGCAAUCUUAAGCCUGUGACUUUAGAGCUUGGAGGGAAAUCGCCUUUUAUCGUGUUUGAAGAUGCUAACAUUGAUAUGGCUGUAGAACAAGCACACAUGGCUCUCUUCUUCAAUCAAGGUCAAUGUUGUGCCGCGGGUUCUCGUACAUUCAUUCAUGAGCAUGUUUAUGAUGAGUUUUUGGAGAAAGCAAAAGCACGGGCUCAAAGGUGUACCGUUGGUGAUCCUUUCCAAAAGGGCAUUGAACAAGGCCCUCAGAUUGACACGGAGCAAUUUGAAAAAAUUCUACGGUACAUAAGAUCUGGGAUUGAAAGCAAUGCCACCCUCGAAUGUGGAGGUGACAGAAUCGGGUCCCAAGGUUAUUAUAUCCAGCCGACUGUUUUCUCAAAUGUUAAGGAUGAUAUGCUGAUAGCACAAGAUGAGAUAUUUGGUCCUGUUCAAACCAUCUUGAAAUUCAAGGAUGUUGAUGAAGUGAUAAAAAGGGCCAACACGACACGAUAUGGACUUGCAGCUGGUGUUUUCACCAAAAACAUCGAUACUGCAAAUACAUUGACUCGUGCAUUGCGGGUUGGGACCGUUUGGGUGAAUUGUUAUUAUGUGUUUGAUGUUACAAUCCCUUUUGGAGGGUAUAAAAUGAGUGGUUAUGGAAGGGAAAAGGGUAUAUACAAUCUUCAUCACUAUUUACAAGUGAAGGCUGUUGUUACCCCGUUGGAAAAUCCGGCUUGGUUGUAAUUCCACAUGGGUCUAUCAGAAUAAGAAUAACGUAAUCUGGUUUCUGGCUCGUUAUCUUAAAUCGUGGUAAUGGGUUGGUUCUGUUUUCCUACUCUUUUAGUGUUGCUUAUGGAUGGUAGAAUAUCUCACCAUUCGAGAUGGUUAAUCAGACGAGUAUUUAGAUA